CCCCAACAUUAGAUCACGUUCGAGACUCAUCAGCUUUCACGAUUCAUCGCUGUGACAGUUCUUGCGCUUCAGGACUUGUUCUGGGCAUUCGGGAAAGUGCAACGCAGAUCGUUGCUCCUUGCCCUCAUCCAGGACCAGCGCAUACAUCCUAUUCUUUUGCCUCUCUAAGCUUCGGUCCGGCCGGUUGAAGCGCUCGCGUUCGCCUCCGACCAUCCAGAUUGGAAGAGCAAGGAUGCAGGGCCACUCAAAGGGAUCUGCUUCCAGAUCAAGCCAUAUCUGGUUCGGCGGAGGGAGGCACACAAGACAUCCUCAUGCUACAUCAUUUGCACAGACGCUCGCGGACCACUGCUCGGACCCUGCCGAGUCGAGCGCCCUUCACGACAAGAAACUCCUGACUCCUCGCUGUCGUGCGUCGCAACUUCUUCGACCCCUGAUCAAUCUUGCGACUCCGGCCACCAAGUCAGCAGGCUCAAGCCUGCGCUAUGCAGCGCUACCCCGAGCUAUCUUUACGCUUGCUGUGCUAUUGCUGUGUGCCCUGCCCGUUCGAGCACUGUUCGACCCUGGUGAGCCAAUCAAUUCAACCUCUGCCGGCAAUUUUAAAGUCUCUGCUUCGAAAGGCGCCACCCCGGUCAACGCGCUGGCUCCUAUGCGACAUCAAGUAGGCGUGCCACCUGGCUGCAGACGAACGACUUCGCUGUUCAACGAUAUUUGCCCAGCUCCUAGCAUCGACACUUCGCCUGCUACGGCUGCUCUUCGCUCAGAGCUUAUUCUGUGUCCCCUGCCCAACGUCGAGCCUCUGGCGCCCGCAAAGGACGGCAAAGAACCCCAAGAAGGCCCAAAUUCAAGAGAGACCGUCUGGGCAGUGAGCGGAACUAUCACGCUACCUGCUGGAGACGAUCCUGAGGGCCUGGCCGGAGGUCAGUCGGGCUUGGAUCAAGGUCCUAAGCCCAGCUUGGCUCGUAUUGCGGCUCCGGAUGCCGAGGGAGUCUCCCGUGACGAGGCUCAUGCUGAGGAAUUCAUGCCUGAGGAAGGAGCGGAAGGAUACUGGCGGCAUGUGGGGGGCAGUGCGGUCUGGGUCCCUGCCUCGCAGAGUACCGCACGUCGAGACCCGACGGCAACACCGCAAGCUCCUCGCUCAGAUGUCUGGCCUACAGACACGAUGUCACGAAGCGCGAGCUCGAGCUUGGACGCCACUGCAGGUUCGGAGCAGCAAGCAUACAGCGACUGGAGCAAGAGCGUUGGGGGAGAGGGCAGCGAUACCUGGUUGUCGUUUGCGGCUUGGAGAAAAGCUCACGAGGAAGCAGCUGCCAAGGAGAGGGAAGAUGCUAGAAAGGCUGCCAAGACGGCGAAGAGCCGAACGACCAGUGCGUUGCCUGCGCAAGACCCACCUGGAACUCAGCGCACAACAACGAACGCUUCGCAUGCCUCAACACUCGCGACGUCUGCCACCUCGGCGAUCCCGAGCGCUGGUACUGUUUCCCGGAAUCCGCGAGCUGACAGCCAAGCGCAGAAGGCCGAAGUUCACGAUGAAUACCGUGCUCAGCCAAUGAAUAGGACCACAGAGCACGCGCCCUUCGACGGAUCCCCGGCAGCAAUGCCGACUUUUUCGGGUAUUCUGCCACGCCCGUCAUCGCCAGAUGGCGGGGCAUUACCCGCUGUGGGCAAUCCGGCAGCUCAAUUAGCAACUCUGAAACAUCGAUGGAACUUUGCUUCCCUUGAUUGUGCAGCUGUAGUUCAUCGGUCGAACCCUUCGGCAAAAUUCGCGAGCAGCAUUUUGAGCGACAAGAAGGAUCGCUAUAUGCUGUCGCCCUGCCCGGGAGUGAAACGUCAGGAUCAGCCGGCCGCCUCGGCGAAGGGCGAAAGCCAGUUCGUGAUAGUGGAGCUCUGUGAUGAAAUCAGCAUCGACACCAUCGUCAUGGCCAACUUUGAAUUCUUUAGCAGAAUGUUCAAGCGGUUCAGAGUUCGAGUUGCGAGGAAAUUGUACGAUCGAGACGAAGAUUGGGUAGACAUUGGUUCUUUUAGAGCGAGAAAUGUUCGAGGUUUGCAAGUGUUCAACACUGUGCAGCCCCGCUCCGAGGCUCGAUUCUUCCGCUACCUUCGGAUUGACUUCCUCGAGCACUACGGCUCCGAAUUCUACUGUCCGGUCUCAUUGCUGAGGGUUUAUGGACUUACGCAAAUGGACGAUUACAUCAGAGAAGAAGAAGAGAUGCGUCGCGAGAAGGAACGCGAAGAUGCUGGCAUUUUUGCAGACGCCGACGUUGAGCAGGAAGAGCAAGAAACAUCCCAAAUCGCUAGCUCCGAGGACGAAGCUAGUCAGCUUCCCUCGUGGCGUGGAGGCGCUAAUUUCGAGCCUGAGGUGGUGGCAAAACACCCGGCUUUUACUCCAUCGACUCGGGAGACCACAAUAGCCGGCAGACCGGAUACCUCCGCGGCUGCUGGCGGCACGUCCGAGUCGAAAUCUUCUCAGCCAGGCACGACAAGUCCGAUGCACCUGUCGAAUAGCUUGGUCGCCCCUCAAUCGACACCCCGUAAAGAGUCUUCAGACCCACUCGAAACUCUCAACUUAUCGCCCCACUUUCAUGAGGAUGCGUCAAGCCCCAAUAUGACCAUCGCUUCUGGCAAUGGUGAGCACAAUUUGACUGCCUCCGGCAAUGUUAGCAGCGAGUCAUCGGCAGAAGCCGAAGCAAUUGCGAGCUUGCCGUCUCACACGAGGAUAGGAGACCGAGACGUCACUGAAGUCGCUCAGAAAGCUGCUUCUACCGAGCAAAGUCGGUUGUUCUCCUCUACGGCGAUGGCUGCGUCCGAAACGGCUUCAGACAAGCACGCAGUGCCUGUCGAAGCUAGCCAGCAGCGAAGCCAGGCGGAGACAGUUUCAAUCGCCUCGGGCCUCUCGAACGUAAGCUCUUUGCCAGCCACUUCGACAGAAGCUGAAAUUUGCUCAACGAGUUCCGACGAUGCGUCUGCGACUUCGACGCCGCCGAACGCUGCAGCGGCGAGCCGGCGCUAGCAGGCCCGACAGGCGAGAGUCCGCCUCCGGUCUCCUCACAGG